UUGCACUGCCAAGACUCAGAAGUUUCAGAUCUUGUACAGAAAUGAGGAGGUGGAGAUUGGAGAGAUAUUCAUUUUUAGAGUUCACACACUUGUGGAGAGCACAAAGCUGGAGAAAAACUUGGAGAAUCUGGAUUUAAGACUGGAAAUACAGUUAUGGUGUAAUGAUGAGAAUGAACCCUCGGACACAGCUGGUGAGAAAAUGGAGAUGGCAAGUUCCAGAACAUUACUGCUUCAUCUGUCGCCUACAAAGGGACUCCACCACUCGCUCCCAGUACUCUUUGAUUACUUUCACCUGGCAGCAAUAGAAGUUGUUAUACAUGCCGUCCUUCUCUCUAUACAUCAGGCUUACCUUAGUACUCCAAAGUCUCUGAAAACUGGAAAAUCUUUGGACCAAUCGUCACUAGAAGCAGUGUAUUUUGGCCAGAAAAUAGUGGCAGCAUCUGCAAAUCCUCCAGUUAAUGCCUCCAGCAGCAGUGUCCGCAUGCAGCAAGCUCACCUUAUGCACAAGACUAUAUGCAACAUCCUUCUGUCUGCUCAUGAAAGUCUUCAGGACUACCUUCAACAGUAUGCAGCUAUGAUACCUGGCAGCAAUUUUCAGCUUGAAUGCAAGGAUUGUCUAACAAAACUCGGAGAAACUGUGAUGAAAGUUCAGGGAGUGAUGGAAGAAGAUGACCUGAUACAAACUGCCCAGACAGACAUUGCCCAGAUCUGUGCAGAAAAUGUCAUCUUGUGGGCCCAGUUCCUGGAGAUUGUCCUGAAGCAGCAGCAAGUACACUUACAUCUGGCCAUGGAGCAUCAUAUCCAAAGGGUACGCAGAUUUGCUGAAGGCUUCUUUACACUGGAGCAUAAUAAAUCUUCUUGCUUGUCUUGCUAUGAUCCGAGCUUUCAUGGACACUCGUCUUUAGCCAGCAUAGUGAAAAACUCAGCAUACUUCUGCAACCUGCCCUCUUUGCCUGUGGAAUGUGUGGAACUAGAUGGGGACGAGAACUCUUUGCCUGUCAUUUUUGAAGACAUAUUUUGUGACCCCAAAGCACAACUCCCACAGGUGUAUCUGAAAGCAGUUCCAACUAUCUCCAAUGGAAGCAUGAUAUUUUACUCUAGAGAUCUUUCAACCUCAAACUCCUCUUCACUGGUCAGUGAUCAGAGUGCUUCCCCGCAGCUCAGGAAGCGGUCAUCGAAGAAGAAGUUUAUAAGGAAUAUGAAACCAGAAGGACUAAAGCGACCAACUUCCUAUCGCUGCAGGAAUUCAGAGGCAGCCAGCUCAAAGCUUGAGAAUGCGUCGACACCUGGGUCAAGGGUCACGCUGAUUGGUUACAGAAAGAUUCCUGUUUCAGACACUGUUUCAUUUACAGCUGCAGGCCAUCUAGAAAGAACUUACAGCUUGCCUCCCUCUUCCAGAUUUCCAAACGCUUGUUUAAAAGUGGACAGCGAACAUCAUGUACCAGCUAAUCCUGGAUCAGUCACCGGUUCCCGUGUGUCUGGUGUAAUCAGUACAUCUGAAGCAUCAGGUUCUUCGUUUAAUAACAAGUCAGGCAAUGCAUUGACUCGCAGCUCUACAACCCUGGCCCAGAGCCCUUGUAUUUAUUUAAAACAUACACCUUCCUCCAGCGAUUCCUCUUUAGCUGUGACUUCCAAACCUCCCAUUGUUCCAAUGAAGGAUUCUAUUGUUAAAUCAUUGAGUGUGAACGUCAUUCAAGAUUCAUCAAGUUCCAGUGAUCAGUCCAGCAGUACAGUGUUGCCUUUUCCCCCUAUACUCAAAAAUGCUGCUGGUGAUCUCCCAAACUUGACUAAAAAAGACUUUAACCACCUGGCUGAUGACAUUAGUCAAUCUCUUGGGGAGAAGGAACCGACGGUGUCAGAAACAUUGACAGCCCCUGUGUCAUCAAAGGAGGAUUUCAGUGAUGAAGACACAAAUCUCCCCAAUGGAUUUGAUGAUCCUUUGAGCACAUACAUUCAUGAUUUUAGUGGUUCCCAAUUGUCUAGUGAUAAACGAGUACCAACACCAGACACCUCAUCGCAGGCUUCAUUUUCACAUGAUAAUGAGUCACAGUUGCCUUUGAUGGACAAGGUUAGUGACACCUCCAGAACUAGUGAUUCGAAAAUAAGUGAUAGUGCCUUAGGCAGUGAGAUUUCUUCUCAGGAAGAGAUCAACUCCUCAGGAUCUUCCUCUGCCAUUGUGACAAGUGUGCGGCCCAAUUCUGACACAGAUCUCAAUGGGUGGCCAUUGGUAGAUAUGGGUCAGAAGAUGACUGUGUUAGAAUUGUUGAAGGAGGAGUAUAGCAAGUCACAGAAGGAAUUGAUUGCCAGUGAGUUAACAAACACUUCAGAAACCAACUCUUUCACCGGUCAUAGAGCAGCUAGCGACUCAGAUAUACUCAAGAACUCUGAAGAGAUCCCAGUGAAUAUGUUAAUUAGCAUUAUGUGGUUUUAUUUCAGCACUGUUGCCAGUAUUGAUGGAAAUGAGAAGAGGAGAGCACUCUUGACAUCUUCAUCUUCUUACCCGGAGUUAUCCCAGUCACUGAAACCUGGACUGCCCCGGCUGACUUCGAUUUUUGGUCACCGAACAACAAACUUUGUACAGUUGAGAGAGAACCUCAAGCUGGAGAUGGAUUUUCCUGGUUUUCUUUGCAGUGAGUGUCCGGUGCUUGCCUCCAACAUUCCAUAUUUCCAUGUACCCAGUGAUGUGGAUGACAGAAGUUCGGGUCUUCAUCUCAUUGUCUGUGUUCAUGGAUUAGAUGGCAACAGUGCAGACUUGAGGCUGGUGAGAACAUACAUUGAGAUGGCUCUGCCAGGGUUUAAGCUGGAGUUUCUCAUGUCCGAAAGAAAUCAGCAAGACACAUUUGCAGACUUUGACAAGAUGACAGAUAGGCUUGUUGAGGAAAUUCUUACCUUCCUGGAUACAUUCGGUCUUCAAGUCACUCGAGUCAGUUUUGUGGGGCACUCACUUGGAAACAUUAUCAUCAGAUCAGCACUCUCAAGACCUGAAAUGUCUCACCUGCUGCCCAAGUUGUACACACUUCUGUCUCUGUCUGGUCCUCACCUGGGGACAUUGUACAACACCAGCGGUUUGGUUAACAUGGGCAUGUGGUUCAUGCAGAAAUGGAAGAAGUCUGGUUCCCUGCUGCAGCUGUCUUUGAAGGAUCAUUCAGAUCCAAGGCAGACAUUUCUGUACAAACUGAGUCAAAAGCCAGUGCUUCAGUACUUCAAGCACGUCCUUCUCGUGGGAUCUCAUCAGGAUCGCUAUGUUCCCUAUCAUUCUUCUCGAAUUGAGAUCUGCAGGUCAGCACAGAAGGAUGGGACAGUCACUGGGGCCGUCUACAGAGAGAUGGUUCAGAAUAUUCUGGAACCAAUCAUCCAGUCUCCACACUGCACGCUGAUACGCUACGAUGUAUUCCAUGCACUCCCUUCUACAGCAAACACAAUGAUUGGACGAGCUGCACACAUCGCAGUCCUGGACUCCGAAAUUUUUAUUGAGAAGUUCCUGGCAGUGACUGGCCUCAAAUAUUUUCAGUGA